AAAAGCACGCUGUUUUACCGACACUGUCAAACAGCUCUUUUUCCAGUCAAACAUGGCGCCCGUUGCAAAGAAAGAGAAGAAAGAAGUUAAAGACAAAUCCAAAAAUGUAAUGAGGGAUUUGCACAUAAGAAAGCUUUGUUUAAAUAUUUGUGUGGGGGAGUCUGGUGAUAGAUUAACAAGGGCUGCAAAAGUACUUGAGCAAUUAACCGGGCAACAACCGGUGUUUUCAAAAGCACGUUACACCGUUCGUUCAUUCGGUAUUAGACGUAAUGAAAAAAUUGCUGUACAUUGCACUGUAAGGGGGGCCAAAGCUGAAGAAAUCCUCGAGCGUGGGUUAAAAGUGAGAGAAUACGAAUUGAGAAGGGAUAAUUUCUCAGACGCUGGUAACUUUGGGUUUGGAAUCCAAGAACAUAUUGAUUUAGGGAUUAAAUAUGACCCAAGUAUUGGUAUUUAUGGUUUGGACUUUUUCGUUGUGUUGGGGAGACCUGGAUUUAAUGUAGCCCAUAGGAGGAGGAAGCAAGGGAAAGUUGGACAUCCACACAGAUUAACUAAAGAGGAUGCAAUGAAAUGGUUCCAACAGAAAUAUGAUGGAAUUAUUCUAUCAAGUAAAAAAUAAAUUAAAUUAACUUUAAUGGUUAAGUUAAUUUGUUUAUGAGGAGGAGAAUAAAACUUUUUUUUUUUU